CUGCCUAGGGUAUCGGCUAGCACUUGCUAGUACGAAAGCAAGUGCGAAAUGAAUCUAAAUACUUAUUGAGAGUUCUGGAUAGUAUUAAUCGUCACAAACUGUACUUUUGGGCCUGGUGUAAAACACCCACAGUGAGUUUUACUACAUAUCAUUAUCGGAAACGGACACCUCAAGUUCGGUGGAAUCUUCUGGAGUUAACGGGCUUCUUCAGAACUGCUCCAGGUUAAUUCGUGGGUGUCGUCGGCAGGCCAGUUACCUCAGCCGAACUAGAAGAAGCAGCCAGUAAGAAUGAAUGAGCAGCUGGAGAACCUCAGCCUGCUGCAGAGAAUAAGGGCUCACCUUUCCAGAUGGGCAUCGUACAUAACUGGAGACAUGGAGGCUUUUGGAGGAUGGAUGAAAAGGCAGUUUAUCCUUUUUCAGAUUCUGGAUUGGGUUCUUCGUGGGGCCAGUCAGGUUAUGUUCAUUAAUAACCCUCUCAGUGGGCUCAUUAUCUUCGGGGGGUUGGUUCUGCAGAAUACAUGGUGGGCAUUCAAUGGUUUCUUCGGCAAUCUGUUUGCCACUCUGUCUGCCAUCAUUCUCAGACAAAGCAGGGAGGCUAUAUCUUCUGGUUUGCAUGGUUAUAAUGGGAUCCUGGUCGGUCUUUUAAUAGCAGUCUUUUCAGAAAAAGGAGAUUGGUACUGGUUUCUGUUAUUUCCAAAUAUCUUCAUGUCAAUGGCAUGCCCAGUUCUUUCCAGUGCCUUGGGUUCAGUUAACAGCAGAUGGGACCUCCCAGUUUUUACAUUGCCAUUCAACAUCUUGGUCUGUAUCCACAAAGUGGCAGUUGGUCCCUAUAAUAAUUAUUUCCCCCAGGUUCUAAUUGAACCCAGAUUCUCUCUCCACAACACCAACUUGUCCAAUGUGGAUGUAGCUCUGCUUUUCCGUGCAGUUCCUGUUGGUAUUGGACAAGUGUAUGGAUGUGACAGUCCAUGGACAGGAGGGAUUAUCACCUUUGCAUUGUUUAUUUCGUCUCCAAUCAUAUGUUUGCAUGCAGUUAUUGGUUCAGCCAUUGGCAUGGUGUCAGGCCUUGCUCUUGCUGCACCUUUUGAGGACAUAUACUCUGGUCUCUGGGGCUACAACAGUGCUCUGGCCUGCAUUGCUGUUGGAGGCGUGUUCUACGUGCUGACCUGGCACAGCCACCUCCUGGCCAUUGCAUGUGCAUUUUUUUGUGCAUACCUGGGAUUGGCCAUUGCAAAUGUCAUGUCUACAUUUGGGUUGCCUGCCUACACCUGGCCUUUCUGUCUCUCGGCCCUCACCUUCCUGUUGGUUACUAUAGAAACCCAAACCAUACACAGACUACCCCUUUCAAAAGUAUCAUACCCAGAGAAGAACCUCAGGUAUUUCAGGGAAAUGAGAAAAGCUAUGAAUAAUGUAGAGCUACAGCAGAAGUUGCACAAGGGGAGAGAAAAUGCAAUACUGUUGGGUGCAGACCAAGCACUAGAGGAAAAUCCAUGUAUGGAUCACAGUGCAGCCAGAACUUGUGGAGAUGAACCUGCUACUGGAUAACAUAAGGACCGAAGGUAUCAGCCAGAAACAGGAGGGAACUGAAGAUCAGUUUGCAAAUGUGAACAUGCCACAUGACCUGACCUAGGAGAAUGAAGCUGAUGAAGCUGUAUAAAGAAUGAUCCAAUGAGUUCAUAUCAAUCAGAGGAUUGAUUGUACUGUAUGAAUGCUGUGCUACAAGCCGUCCUAUUGACAUUCACAUAUGCGAAUGACUGUGCUUAUGAUUUGCAUAUCUUAAUUAUUUAUAAUUGUAUAACAUUUUAUCUGAUUAAAAAUUUUGAUGAUUACAAUAUAUUGAAAAUUAAAAUUGCAUAAAUAAUGUGCAAGAUAUAUGCAAAUAUAUGCAAAAUGAACAAUCAUAAAUACAGGAAGUAAUAUACUCUGUAUUCCUAAGUUUUAAGUGCUGGUUUUUAGUGACAAAUGAUCACUGCAGAAGUACCAGUAGGUGUCAGAAUAAGCUUAGAGAGCCGAUUAUUGACCUGAAGUAUUUGUAAUUCUGAACAAAAAUCUCACUGGCUGGUUUGAUGAUUUAUGUUUCUAUCUUAAGUCAGUGUCAUAUAUGAAAAACAUACCACUUUUUCAAAUAUUUUGAAAGUUAUGAAUAAAUGUAUUUAAAUUGCUUUUCUA